AAAAAAAAAGUACCCCAACCGCAAAACUUCAUAGUUCUCAUCCCCACAAAAUGACAACUCCCAUAUUCACCUUCACAUUCCUCCCUCUCUUCCUCCUCUUCUCAUCAACCUUCACUCCCAUAACUGCCAACAAUGUCAUCUCUGAAAUCUGCAAGAAAUGUGCUCAAGAAGAGUACACCAGCAUGAGCUACAAGUUCUGCGUGACUUCUCUCCAAGCCGACCCAAACAGCCAAGGCGCCGAUCUCCGGCAACUUGGCCUCAUAUCCAUGAAGCUAGUCAAGAACAAUGUGACCAACACAAGGCGCUUCAUCAAGAAUCUUCUCAAGAACGAGGAGCUUGACAAGUUCGUAAGGAUGUGUUUGGAUGACUGUUUGGACCUUUACACAGACGCCAUAACUAGCAUCAAGCAAGCCGUCAAGGAUUACAAAAUGAAGGACAACAGACACGCCAAUCUCGCAGUGAGUUCGGUCGCCGGUGCCGCCACGACUUGCGAAGAUGGAUUCGAAGAGACACCAGGGUUGGUUUCGCCAUUAACGAAGAGGAACAACGAGAUGUCUCAGCUGUGUGAUAUAGCGCUUAUGAUUAUCACUAUGGUCAGUUCGUCGUUUUAUUAAAUAAAGAGGUGAUAAUAUGUAUGCAUGGCUCGCUGUGUUUCAUGAAUUUGUGAUCUAGUAUUGGGUUAUUGUGGUCCAUUAUUUGCUACUUGUUUGUUAGGAUGUUUCUGAUCGAACUCGGCUAGCUGCAACUGCUGUAACAAAAACAAUAAAAUGUAUGCAUGGCUUGCUGUGUUUCAUGAAUUUGUAAUCUUAUUAUUGGGUUAUUGUGGUCCAUUAUUUGCUACUUG